AAGACCAACAUUAGUUAUGGAUCCAAAUACAUUGCCAUUAAAACUCGAUCACAAAAUAACUCUACUUUUACAAAAUAAACUAAAAAAGUUAUAAAUUCCCAAAAAAAUAAAAACCAAUAAAACCCCAUCACUACCACCUUUCCUCCCUACACUCUCCACUCUCACUCUCACUCUCACUCUCACUCCCACUCCCCUCUCUCUCUCUACAGCAGAGAGAAGAAAACAAGCACGAUGCCUUCAACACUCACAUCAAUGGCGGCCAUCUCCAUCCUCCUCAUCUCUCUCGUCUCCGCCGCAGACGCCGCCACGGGCGCAAUCGGCGUCAACUACGGCCGCAUUGCCAACAACCUCCCCUCCGCGACGCGCGUCGUCCGCCUCCUCAAAUCCCAGGGCAUCGACCGCGUCAAGGUCUACGACUCCGACCCCGCCGUCCUCAAAGCCCUCGCCGGCUCCGGCAUCAAGCUCACCGUCAACCUCCCCAACGAGCUCCUCCGAUCCGCCGCCCGCCGCGCCUCCUUCGCCGCCGCCUGGGUGCACGACAACAUCGCAGCCUACCACCCCGCCACCGCGAUCGAGGCCGUCGCCGUCGGCAACGAGGUCUUCGUCGACUCGCACAACACCACCCGCUUCCUCCUCCCGGCAAUGUACAACAUCCAAAAAGCCCUAGCGAAGUACAACCUCGAUGACGUCAUCAAAAUCUCCUCCCCAAUCGCCCUCUCCGCGCUCCAAACCUCCUACCCUUCCUCCGCCGGUUCAUUCCGCCGCGAUCUGGUCGAACCGGUCUUCAAACCGCUGCUCGAAUUCCUCCGCAAAACCGGAUCUCCGCUCAUGAUAAACGUCUACCCCUUCUUCGCCUACGAGUCCAACGCCGACGUCAUCCCCCUCGAUUACGCGCUAUUCCGCCCAAACGCCGGCGUCGUAGACGCCGGCAACGGCCUCCGCUACUACUCCCUCUUCGACGCGCAGAUCGAUGCGGUGUUCGCCGCGAUGUCCGCGCUCAAAUACGACGACGUACCGAUCGUCGUGAGCGAGACCGGCUGGCCGUCGAAGGGCGAUUCGAGCGAGCUCGGCGCCAGCAUCUCCAACGCCGCCGCGUACAACGGAAACCUAGUCCGCCGCGUGCUCGGCGGCGGCGGAACGCCGCUCCGCCCUAAGGCGAACCUCACCGUCUUCCUCUUCGCGCUGUUCAAUGAGAACAAAAAAUUCGGGCCGACGUCGGAGAGGAACUUCGGGCUGUUCUACCCCGACGAGAGGAAGGUGUACGAUAUUCCACUGACGGCGGAGGGGAUCAAGGGGUUCAAGGAGGCGGCUGCGCCGCCGCUGACCGGCGGGGAGAGGAUGGCGACGGCGAGCGGGCAGACGUGGUGCGUGGCGAAGGCGGAUGCGGGGAGGGAUAAGCUGCAGCAGGGUCUAGAUUACGCGUGUGGGGAGGGAGGCGCGGACUGCCAUCCGAUUCAGCCGGGGUCCACGUGUUUCGAUCCUAACACGGUGGAGGCCCACGCGUCGUAUGCGUUCAAUAGCUAUUACCAGAAGAAGGGCCGUGCGAUUGGCACCUGCUUCUUCGGUGGGGCCGGUUACAUCGUAACGCAACAACCUAAAUACGGCAAAUGUGGGCUCCCCUUUGGAAGUGAAAAUUGAAGAGAGAGAAACAAGUGGUGAAGUGAAGUGAGAAAUAUAAUUCCAUUGUACGUAUAAUAUUAUAUUAAUUGGCUUUUUAGGUUCCUACAAUUACUAGUAGUAGAAAUUAGUGUUAAAUCAUAUGGACUUGGCUAACUUGCUAGCUCUUUUUGUAUAAUUUUUUUAUUGUUGCGAUUAAUUUCAAUUUUAGCCCCAUUUCUUCCGAAAUUAAA